CAAUUGAGCUACAGACCCUUUCUAUCGCAAAUGUUUUUGUCUUUAUUUAUAAUAUCUGGAUAUUCAUAAUUUUGUAGCUUGAGAGAGAAGUUGGAUACGGUGUCAUUGUAAAAUGUUACCUGGUCAGGCAUAUCCAGUGGAUGGAGGGAUAUUUGCAGUCGAACCGAAAUACGACUGUGAACAUAUCAACCAAUUACAGUUAGAUGACGCUUUAUUCUCAGAAGAAAGAUUGGUUGGGUAUUUUUCAGGUCACUGCGAACGCUGUGAAGAAAGAGAGGAGAACUGGGUUUGUCUUUCCUGUGCCCGACUGCUCUGUAGUCGUUAUAUUAACGGGCACAUGAAGCAGCAUUUUACUGAGAGUGAGGAUGGACAACAUGCGGUGGCCCUCAGUUUAUUAGACCUCAGUUUAUGGUGUUUCAUUUGUGAUAGUUAUGUGUCAUUUUUAGAAAGUUCGUUGAUACAGCGAUUUCAUAGAGUGAAGUUUGGAGAAUCUUUACCUGUUCGGUCAAGUAAUAACGAGGCAGGUCCCUCAAGUUUGCAAAGUUUUACGUCUGGAGACGACGAAGCAUUUGUUGACAAGUUUGAUGCAGCUUUGAACCUAAAAGAAGACAACAGUAGUAAUUUCUCUGAAACUGAAUCGACUCCUCUUCCCGAUUCGAUCAGUGUACCUAUCAAGUCCGGUAUCGAAUCACAGAGUAACAAAGGAGCCACACCAUUGAAGUUGGACAGCGUUGAAAGUCUGGCAGACGCUCUCAAACAAGGCUCUUUUUCGAACAUUGUUGUUCUAAUAGGGGCAGGUAUAUCAACUGCUGCAGGUAUUCCUGAUUUCAGGACUCCAAAGACUGGUCUUUAUGAUAAUCUAGACAAGUAUUCACUUCCACAUCCUACAGCAGUUUUUGAUAUACAAUUCUUUAGACGAGACCCGCAACCUUUUUAUAAAGUUGCCAAAGAAUUAAUGCCGAUGUCACUGCAACCUACUUUGGCUCAUCGAUUUCUUGUCAUGUUGAAUGAAAGAAGAAUGUUACGUCGUAUCUAUACACAAAAUGUGGAUGGCUUGGAGUUGACUGCAGGAAUUCCUCCAUGUCGCUUGGUACAAGCACAUGGCUCGAUGAGCAGUGCACAUUGCAUCGAAUGUCAUGCUGAGGUAUCCAUCGAUAAGGUGAAAGAAGCCAUUAAGGAUGAUCGAAUCCCUGUCUGUGAGAAAUGUAAAGGAGUUGUCAAACCAGAUAUUGUCUUUUUUGGUGAAGGACUUCCUGAGAGAUUUUUUACUUUAUCUGUGAAUGAUCUUAGAGUUGCAGAUUUAUUACUCAUUAUUGGCACUUCGUUGGUGGUUAUGCCAGUUGCUGGGUUACCAGAGAUGGCCAAUGAUCAAGUCCCAAGAGUCCUUAUGAAUAUGGAACCAUCGGGUGACAUUGGAGAGCGUCCAAACGAUCUUUUGCUUUUAGGUGACUGUCAGGAAACUAUAAAGAGACUAUCGACUCUUUGCGGUUGGCAGAAUGAAAUGCAACGUCAAAAAUUAUAAUAUCUGAAUAUCACUAUUGCAAGUAUUAUUCUUUUUUUACAUGAGUGUUUGAGAUAAAGCGUUUGCGUAACUC